GCGACUCAUUUCACUUGGCUUCUUCAACUGUCAGUGCCAACACCAUUAUUAGGUUUUCAUUCCUCUCUUUUCUCAGUUCAGAAAACUAAUUAUCAAGACUCAAAAAAUUGAUUCUUUUUUCAAGAGCAAAAUUGCUAUGGAAGAUAAAGACAAUAAUAUAGUUUCCAUCUCUGAACCCGAAAAUCAUGUGUUAAGCUCAGAUGAAAUUAUGAAGAAUCGAAUGCGUCUCCGUACUUCAAUUGCCAUUGUUCUUUAUCUAACAUUUCGAGAUUAUGAUUUUUAUGGUGAUGGAGAAUUCAGCCAAGAAAAAUUCCAAGAUGUUUUUGAUUCAUUGGUUAAUCUUGGAGCAUCGGUUGAUGUUGAAUUUGCCCAAGCCGUGUUGGAAGAUGACACAUCUCUUUCCAUGUUUAGUUCAUAUCAAUUUAGAAAAGAGAUCCUGCAAAUUGUUUCAAGGAAAGUGAAAAACCAUAUCCGUGAGGAAAUUGGUGAUUCCAAAUUUUCUAUAGUUGUUGGUGGAGAUUAUGAUCAAUCACAAAGGGAACAAAUAGCUCUUAUUUUGAGAUUUGUUGAUAAAAAGGGGUUUAUACAAGAACGGCUUUUUGAUAUUGUGCAUGUCGAAGACAAUAAUAAGUUUAGGGCAUUACAUUUUAAGGAAGAACUUUGUGCUAUACUUUCUCAACAUAAUCUUGAUGUUUCUAACAUUCGUGGUCAAGGGUAUGAUGGUAGUUGUCUAAUGAGAGAACAAUGGAAUGGUUUACAGGCACUAUUUUUGAAUGAAUGUCCUUAUGCAUACCACAUUCAUUGUUUUGCACAUAAGUUGCAACUUGCUUUGGUUUGUGCAUCGCAGGAAGUUAUUCCAAUUUACCAUUUCUUUUCGAAAUUGACUAGAAUCGUCAAUUUUUUCUGUUCUUGUAGUAAGCCCAAUGACGACUUACUAGCUGCCCAGUUAGAUAAAAUUGCACAUUUGCUAGAGAUCGAAGAGCUUGGAACCCGCAAUGGGGAAAAUCAAAAUUCUACCUUGCAACGAGUGGGUGAUACUCGAUCGAGGUCACAUUUUUCUUCUAUUUGUAACUUGAUAAAUAUGUAUGAUGAAACUUGUACUCUUUUAGAAAAACUUACUGAGAGUGGGUCAACUUAUUGUCAACGUGGGGAUGCUAAUAUUGCUUACGAAAACAUGACUACAUUUGAGUUUCUAUUGAUCGUGCAUUUGAUGAGAAAUAUUAUGAGGAUAACUGAUAGUCUUUGCCAAGCUUUACAGCAACAACGUCCAAAUGUAGUUAAUGUCAAGCAUAUAGUUCGUUCUACAAAAGCACUGCUCCAAAACAUGAAACAAGAUGGUUGGGAAAAGUUGUUAAAAAAUGUGAUAUCAUUUUGUGAAAAAAAUGAUAUUAAGGUUCCUCAAUUAAAUGCUCCAUAUAAAUGUGAUUAUUUGCGUCAGGAAAACGUGGAUGGCAUCACAAUCACAAUAGAGCAUUAUUAUAGAACAGAAGUAUUUUUGUUUGUCAUUGACAAACAAAUACAAGAGCUGAAUAGCAGGUUUAGGGACCAAGCGUUGGAGUUGUUAACUCUAAGCUCUGCUUUGGUUCCUAAGGAUACUUACAAAGCUUUUAACAUUGAUCAUAUUUGCACUCUUGUAGAAAAAUAUUAUCCCAAGGAUUUCAAUGAGCAGGAGAAGAUUAAUUUAAAAUGUCAACUACAACAUUUCAUUAUUGAUGCUCGUCAAGAUUCAAAUUUGAAGAAUUUAUCAACUAUCCAAGAAUUGUGUACAUGUUUGGCAGAAACAAAAAAGUCAGAAGUUUACUGUUUGAUUGACAGAUUAUUGCGCCUUAUCAUGACUCUUCCGGUUUCUGCUGCUACAACCGAAAGAUCUUCCUCAGCGAUGAAAACUUUCAAGACUAUGUUGAAAAACAUGAUGGAAGAUGAGUUUCUAGCAGAUGGCAUGUUAGUUUACAUCGAAAGGGAUAUUGCUCAAGGUUUUCCUUGUGGUUCAAUUGCUGCUGAUUUCGAGUCACUCAAAGAGCGCGAUGACUCACAACCGUGUAGCUCAGUAAACGAUUGCUUAGUCGGGCCAUCAGAGUUGCUUGGCGAAGAAGAAUCUGAUGGAUCAUCUCUGCUUGAAGUUGCUGAAGAUAUGGCUGAGGAUGACAUCUCAUCUAGCCCACAUGAACUUUGAAAAGGACGGAUACAUUUGUCUCAGUUUGGUACUGAUCCAAGUAAAUACAUGUUCGAGGUUGUCUUUUCUCGAGGUUCUUGAAGAUUAUGUUUCCAAGUCUGAGGAAUCCAGACAAGAUUAUCAGGAUUUAAGAUCUCAAUCCUGUAACCAUCAUGGCCAUAUGGAUGAAUCUCAAAAGUGUGGCUAUUUCGGUCUCUCUUUUUUGAGUAUUGCUUUUCUAUUUCUAUAGAUACAAGAGACUGUUUUUUGUUGAUGUGGCAAUUAUUACUGUUUGAAAAGGAAAAGUUUAGUGGUGUUAAUUUAAUUGAGAUCUUCCAAGGCUAUGGCCUGAAGUAAAUGAUUAGUCCAAACUCAUCAUUUUGUACUUCAUAAUCUGCACAAUAGUGUCUCAAGGUUGUAAUGCGAAGGGUAGAGAUUUCAAGUUACUUUUAGAGUCAAUGUGAUCAUUGACAAUCAAGACUGAGUAUGAAGAGAAUCUAUAUUUUAGUUUAGUAAAUUAAAAUGAGCUUUAUUUUAUUUUAAUUUGUGAUUUCAUAAUUUUAAUUUAGAUUUAGUUUAUGUCAUGUGUAAGUGAAUAUAAUUUGCUUCUUUACAUUUAUUUAUUUUGGAAAAGAAAUAUGAUGCAA